GUGGAUUCGAACUGCCAACCUUUUGGUUAGCAGCCGAGCUCUUAACCGCUGCGCCACCAGGGCUCCUAUAUUAGAAUAGUAUGUUUUAUUUUCUAGUAAGGUUUUCGUUUUUCAAAUGUAGGUAUAUGAAGCAAUUGACAGCAGAGAUGGAACGUCUUGUGCAGAGUUGGUGUCUUUUAAGCAUCCUCAUGUUGCAAACCCACGGCUUCAAUUGCCUUCUCCAGAAGAGAAGUGUCAGCAAGUUCUGGAGCCCCCUUAUGAUGAAAUGUUUGCAGCUCAUUUAAGGGUGGAGCCCAACCACUGACUUCCUUUAUUCAUGGAAAUAUGUCUUUUUUUAACCUCUUUGUCUUACUAGGAAAUAAAGUAGAGCCGAGUGAAGCAAAAUACUGCUUUUUGUUUUGUAUUUUCUCAUCUCCAAAGCAUCAGUUCACGCAAAACUUUAUGUACUAAAGCAGUGUGAAAUUUGAUUAACCUGCCUGAACGCUAGCGUUUCAGAACAGGGUAAAUGGGGUACGUAAGCAGAGAAGCGCUAUAAGCCUGAUAAGAUCUUUGGAAGGGUCAGGGCACCACUGUACUCCUAGAAAUGCGGGAACCAGGGAUUUUCUAGCACUCUGCAGUGUCUGGUGGUAUUCUAGAUUUGAUGAUGAAACUGACCAGUAUUGACUUUAUCUAGCCAUGAAUCUAGGUAAAGCUUCAUUGUGAGCCCACUAGUAUAGUACAAGGGCCAUACUGUGUUAUCAGUAUAUAUAUUAAUGAAACCUCUUGGGACUAGGUUUUUCUUUUCUGGGACUUCAAAGAAUAGUUUCAAAACUUAAUGUGGGAUUUCAUCUUACACCACCCAUUUUAGUUCAAAUAUUGGUGUGUUCUUUAUCUUCUUUUCAACCUUUCAUUACCUAUCAAAUAGGGAAUUCCAUCUUUCAUUCCAUGAUCCGUUGGAGAACUGGGGAGUUAUGUGACAGAAGUAAGAUGUGUGCCUUAAAUAGUUUUACUUCUAGGUGUUUAUCGUAUGAAUAUACUUUCUGAGCCGUUCCUAAUUCUCUGGCAUUUCUUUUACAGGUGUACUUACGCUGUGGGAAACCAUGAUUUCAUAGAAGCAUACAAAUGCCAGACUGUGAUUGUCCAAUCAUUCCUGCGAGCAUUUCAGGCCCACAAAGAAGAAAAUUGGGCUUUGCCUAUCAUGUAUGCAGUAGCACUUGACCUUCGAAUCUUUGCCAAUAAUGCGGAUCAACAGUUGGUAAAGAAAGGCAAAAGCAAAGUUGGGGACAUGUUGGAAAAAGCAGCGGAAUUACUGAUGAGCUGUUUUCGUGUCUGUGCCAGUGACACUCGGGCUGGUUUAGAGGAUUCCAAGAAGUGGGGGAUGCUGUUUCUGGUGAAUCAGCUAUUUAAAAUUUACUUCAAGAUCAAUAAACUCCAUUUGUGUAAACCUCUAAUUAGAGCAAUUGACAGCUCAAAUCUGAAAGAUGAUUAUACCACUGCACAGAGAGUUACAUACAAAUACUAUGUUGGACGCAAAGCUAUGUUUGAUAGUGACUUUAAGCAAGCUGAGGAGUAUCUGUCAUUUGCCUUUGAGCAUUGCCACCGCUCAAGUCAGAAGAACAAACGAAUGAUUCUGAUAUAUUUGCUUCCAGUAAAAAUGCUGUUGGGUCAUAUGCCAACUAUUGAACUUCUGAAAAAGUAUCAUCUUAUGCAGUUUGCUGAAGUAACCAAAGCUGUAAGUGAAGGCAAUCUCUUACUGCUGAGUGAAGCUCUGACGAGACACGAAACCUUUUUUAUUCGUUGUGGCAUUUUCCUUAUUCUUGAAAAGCUGAAGAUCAUCACCUACAGGAAUCUUUUUAAGAAAGUGUAAGCAAAAUAUUUUCUUUUUAAGUAAUUAACCAAUGUUAAAUUCUUAGUGUAACUCAUGCAAUACAGUUGUCAACUUAUG